CUUACGGGACCCACAAGCAACCGGUUGUUCGUCACCGAAAUCGAACGGCGAGUCCAUUCACUCAUACUGUGUACCCGCCUGUCACUCGAGCAUUUUCACCUCCACCCUCUUCCUCCUUUCAACUCGCAUCGUUCCCAUCCCAAUCCCCCCUCCUUCUUCUUGCUUCAUCCUCUGCAACAUCAAACGCUGCGUUUCAAAUAUAAAAAAUGCAACUCGAGUAGUUUUCUCCAGAAAAAAAGAGCUAAAUUAGCACGACCAUGGCCAACUGGAUCUCCUCCAAACUCAGGGCUGCUGAAACUAUCCUCCAACAGAUCGACCAGCAAGCUGCAGAGUCGUUGCGGAAAAACGAGAAGCCUCUCGCCGACGACUUGAACGUGGACACUCCGACGAAAACGGGAGGCAGUGUGCCUUUGAAGGACCAGUUGAAAAAGAAAACCAUAGAAAACAGUGAUUAUCGUGGAAAAUCAACCAGCGAUCCCAGUUUCAACAUUCUUAAUAACACCAGUAACAGUAAUGAUGAUGAUAAGAAGAAGAAGAAUAAUAAUAUUAUUAUAAGUAGGGAUAAAGAGAUUGUUGGAACUCAGAAACCUAAGCCUACUCUUACUGAUAGUGACUGGACUCAGCUCCUUAGUGCACCUAAUCAGGCAACUACUUCCACCGCCAGUCGUGUCAAUGGUUUCCCAGGGGUUCGUGGUUUGAGGAAGGAUGGUAGGAGGCAGGGCAGUGCCAGCUCCACUUCCAGCUUGUCAGUUUUGGAGGUUAAGAAGAAUCAAAAGACUGGGAGCAAUAAUGUUCUGAAGUCGGGGAGGAGAGCAAGUGUUGGGGAAGGAAGUAAAUUGAAUGGUAAAGUAAGUGAUGGGGAGGAGUCUGGCGUUUCUUUUUCGGAUUCAGCACGAAGUUCUCCAACUGUUGAAUUGAAGAGUGAUGUUAAGAUUUUGGAAGGACGAGGGUUGGAUUAUAGGGAUAUGGGAUUCAACACUUCGGCAGAAACAAAAGACAAGGGAAAUGAAGAAAAUGGUGGACAUUUUGAUUUUAAGGAGCUUUCAUUGGAGGGUUCUUUACAGUCGGCAAAGAAAAAUGAUGGUGGUUCUAACAAGAAGAUAGGAGGGGAGAAUGUGGGUGAUCGGUUGAGAAGUACUGACAGGGGUAAUCAUGAAUCCAGUGAAGCGUCUAGAAGUUCUACCUCUGAGGACUUAAAAAGAAGUUUUACUUCGGUAAGUGAUGGGAGCUCUGAGUCGGACUCGGGUUCAAGUUCUGAUUCUGAGAGUGAGCGUGAGAAAGAGGAAAGAAGAAAGAAGAGGGAGAAGAUUCUGGCUGAGAAAGCGGCAGCUAAAGCUGUGGAGGCCAUCAAAGAGAGGGAAAAUCUUGUUGCCAGAUUAGAGGGAGAGAAGCAGAGCUUGGAGAAAAUACUUGAAGAGCAAGUGAAACAACAAGCCCAAGAGGCUUCCAAGCUGCAAAUGACUAUGAUGGAAACCAUGGAAGCUGCUGAUUUAGAGAAGCAGAAACACAAUAACACUAGAAUGGAAGUCUUUGCACGUUUGGCUAAACUGGAGGCUGCAAAUGCUGACCUUGCAAAAUCCCUAGCCACCGUGCAAUGGAAUCUUGAAGUAGAGGUUAAUGGAGUAGCAGAACUUCGACAGCAAGUUGAGUUAACAGAAGUGAACCAUGAAGAACUCAGGAGGAAGAUCUCCGAUGCUCAUCAAGCAAAAAUAUCUUUAAAGAAAGUAGCAGCUCCAAAAGGAGUUGAACUUGAACGAGAGAUUUUGGAGGCAGAAUAUGCUUUUGUAACUGAUAAAGUUGGGAGAUUGCAAGAUAAGGCACAGAAGCUGGAAGCAAACAUUGAAAUGACAAGGAAAGAGAUAGAGGAGCCAACAGAAGUAGAAAUUGAGCUCAAGAGAAGGCUUGCUCAGAUGACUGACCAUUUGAUUCAUAAACAAGCCCAGGUUGAGGCUCUUUCCUCGGAGAAAGCAACUCUUCUGUUCAGAAUUGAGGCAGUGUCAAGGUUGCUAGAUGAAACCAAGUCAAUGACUGAAAUUUCUGGUUCCUCAUCAAGGGACAUAGAAUCAGGCAGACCUUUGUUUGAAGACAGGAUCCGUUCAGGCAAGAAGCACCUGGGUUCAGCGCUUCAGCAAUUGGAUUCUAUUUUCUUGGCCGGAGCAGUGUUUUUGCGGAGGAAUUGGACUGCAAAAUUAUGGGCCUUGAUUUACUUUGUAUGCCUUCACUUCUGGGUCAUUUAUAUUCUUAUGUCCCAUUCUCAAGCUUCAAAUGAGAUCAAAUCUGGGGCUGUCAUAUCCUUGGAAAACAUUAAUGACACUGCAGGUGUAUAGUAUAAUAUAAUUUGUUUUUUAAUCUUAAUUUUUUUUUGUUCAUUUCCUCAGCUUUUAAGAGGUAUCAGUUACCUGGGGUGUGAUUUGUGCAGUUUUCCCCCCAUACCUAAUAAUACAUACAGGCAAUGAACUGAAAUUGAAUGGGUAGGCAUGUAUUAUUUACACGAUGAAAAAUUUAUAUAUGUUCA